AUGAAUAGCAGACUCGCUCCUCCAAUUCCUCCAGCAGGUGAACGAAAAGAUUACAUCUGCAAAUUAUCCACCAGAGAACACGGUCUUUGGAUUCUCAAACGAGAUGAUAAUAUCGCAGCAUUUCAAGAUGCCAUAGCUUCUGGUCUAACAGACGAUCAAGCCAUGGAAAAGCUGGGCGGAACUUUCUACGCCACCGUUGACAGGGCCUCGAAACCUCCCAAGGAAUUGAUUCGAAAAGCAGAAGCCGCUUACUCUCUUCUUGCAGAGAGUGGAGAGAGAUUCCACGCAGCCCUUAAAUCAUCAGAGAUCGAGAAAUCCGUAUGGUAUUUUAUCGUAAACACCGAUCCGUGGUUUCGACCUCGUGGGAGUGCUCGUGGGACAUUGUUGCUUCACGAUAAAGUUGGGAGAGGUGUCUGGGUUAUCAAUGGGUCAGAUGAGGCUAAGUUUCAGAUUUUCAAGAAUCGAGAAUCGGGUGUGGAUGAUGUGGAUUUGAUUGAGGAGAGUGGUGGAAUUCAUUAUGAGAAUAGCAUUCAAAUAUCUCCCAAUUCCUCCCGUAUCCUCCGCAAACUCGGCGUCGACAAAUACAUUGAGCAGUUCUGUGUUGACCCAGUUGACCUCCGUAUGAUGAGAUGGCGAAACGGUCAGAUCCUCGUUGAAUGUCCUCUGAAAGAACCGGCGCAGAAAGAAUACGGCAGUCCAUAUUGGCACAUCCAUCGCGCAGACUUACAUCGAGGACUCUUACAAGCAGCUGAAGAGUUGGGAUGUCAAGUACAUCUGGAUAGCCGAGUCAUCGCAAUCGAUCCUUCGAAACCAUCUCUGACAACCAAGGAUGGAAAGACGUACGAAGGAGACUUGAUCGUGGCUUCAGAUGGCCUUCAUUCCAUGGCACGAAGUGUCGUUCUGGGAAAGCCAGGCCCACCAGUACCAACAGGACAGAUGGUUUACCGGGUGACCCUUCCGGCACGAACUUUGAAAGGGAUCCCGGAGCUGGAAGAAAUUGUUACCGUGCCAAGGAAUAAUCAUUGGUUGGGUCCUAAUGGUACUGUGCUGAGUUAUUUGUUGGAAGGCGUUCAUGAUACCCUGAUAAAUUUUGUGUUUACGUGCGAUGUUGAAGGUUGGAUGCCGGAGGGUGUAAAUCAAAGACCCGGGGAUCUUGCAACUGUGAAGAAGCGUUUUCGAGAUUGGGACCCGAGAUUGGUGAAGAUGCUGGACCACAUAGGUGAUGUGCUGGAAUGGCGUCUUUUCACACAUGAGGAAAUGCCGAGCUGGAUUCAUCCAUCUGGUAAAAUGUGUCUGAUUGGUGAUUCUGCUCAUGCAAUGACUCCAUAUCUUGCCCAAGGUGCUGCUAUGGGAAUAGAAGAUGCAGCUAUUCUAGGUGGACUUUUGGAGAAGUACCCUUCAACCGAGACCCUUCAUGAUGCACUUCUCAAGUACGAGAAGCUGCGCUUGAAACGAACGGCAAAGGUUGCGAGUGCGUCUGUUGAUUCUAGAUGGUUUACCCAAAUGGAAGAUGGGCCAAACCAGGAAGAUCGAGAUGAGUAUUUGCUGGCGCAUCCAGGAAUUCAGAAGGGACACCGGAAUAUCCGAUCGCAACAGGAAUUCUUGGAUUGGUUAUUCGGCUAUGAUGCCUAUGAAGAGCUAGGAUGUAAUCUUCUCAAUGGGAAGAAUGGGUAUAAUGGUGUGGAGCAUAGUGGCGUAGCUUGA